AUGGCGCACUUGCAGGAUUCCAAGAGUGCAACAGGUAGAGAUGGAGGAUCCAGCACCGUCGAUGACCAUGGCCAAUAUGUCGUGUUCAAAGAGCUCCCAGCCGGCUCGCUCAAUAGUCGUGGUGAGCUGGCGCUGAACAGAUAUUCCACCUUCAUCACGAGAGACCAUGACUAUCCCGCCUCCCAGGCUAUGUUGUACGCGGCUGGUGUGCCAAAUAAAGACGCCAUGCAAAAUGCUCCUCAUGUCGGAAUCGCAUCUGUGUGGUGGGAAGGGAACCCUUGCAACAUGCAUCUUCUGGACCUGGCCAAGCUUGCAAAAGAUUCGGUGACCAAGGAGGGAUUUAUGGGCUGGCAGUACAAUACAGUCGGAGUUUCAGACGCCAUCACAGUUGGAUCAGAAGGAAUGCGGUUCUCCCUGCAGACAAGAGAGCUGAUCGCGGACAGUCUGGAGACUGUAACAUGCGCGCAACAUCACGACGCCAACAUUGCAGUCGCUGGCUGCGACAAGAAUAUGCCUGGAGUGGUGAUGGGCAUGGCCCGACACAAUCGACCUUCAAUCAUGAUCUAUGGUGGCACAAUCAAGCCUGGGUUCUCCAAGUUGUUGAGGGAGAGAGUUAACGUGGCAAAAUGCUGGGAGGCUCAUGGUGCAUACCAGUACGGUACGCUCGCCAAAGCCGUCGACGACCCUUCCAAAACUCCCGACAAUGUUCUUGAAGAUAUCAUCCAAGGUGCCUGCCCUGGCGCGGGUGCCUGUGGUGGCAUGUACACCGCGAAUACCAUGGCGACGGCAAUUGAAGUCAUGGGCUUGACAUUACCUGGGUCAUCGUCAAGUCCUGCGACCUCUUCCACCAAGAUGAGGGAAUGUAGCAAAGCCGGCAAGUAUAUCCGGAUUUGCAUGGAGAAGAACAUCCGGCCCCGAGAUCUUCUCACAAAACGAGCUUUUGAAAAUGCUCUAACAAUGACGAUGGUUUUGGGAGGAUCUACUAAUGGUGCACUCCAUCUACUAGCAAUGGCAUCUACAGCUGAAGUGCCUUUGACAUUAGCAGACAUUCAACGAGUCAGCGACAAAGUCCCCUACCUUGCCGACCUUGCUCCCUCAGGGAGAUACCUUAUGGCCGACCUCUACGAGGUUGGUGGCAUUCCCGCAGUAUGCAAGCUAUUGGUCGCCGCCGGGCUUCUGGAUGGAUCAAUCCCUACUGUAACUGGCCAGAGCCUGGCUGAGAACAUCGAGCCAUUUCCAUCACUUAAACAAGAUCAAGUGGUGAUUCGUCCUCUCAGCAACCCAGUCAAAUCCACCGGACAUCUUCAAGUCCUCCGCGGAAAUCUCGCGCCUGGAGGCGCCAUAGCCAAAAUCAGUGGAAAGGAGGGCACUCACUUUGUCGGAAAGGCUAGAGUCUUUGAAAAAGAGCAUUACUUGAACUCUGCUUUGAGUGCCGGGCAGAUCCCCAGAGACGAAAACCUGGUGCUCAUAGUCCGGUACGAAGGCCCGAAAGGCGGACCAGGUAUGCCAGAGCAGCUGAAGGCUUCAGCAGCGCUCAUUGGAGCACAACUGAAGAACGUCGCGCUGGUCACGGACGGGAGAUAUUCUGGAGCUUCACAUGGCUUCAUCGUGGGCCAUGUCGUACCUGAGGCAAUUGAGGGCGGUCCUAUUGCGAUCGUCAAGGACGGGGAUACCGUGACGAUCUCUGCGGACACCAAUGAGAUCUCUGUAGACCUAACGGACGCCGAGAUUGCCGAAAGGUUCAAGUCAUGGAAGCCCCCACGUAGUCUAGUAACUCGAGGGGUGCUUGCCAAAUACCAGAGAUUGGUGAGUUCUGCAGACAAAGGGGCUGUCACGGAUCUGUUCUGA